UCAGUCUCCAAACGGAGCCUCCACAAAACAAAUUGAAAGGCCAGGGCUCGCCUCCGAAUACCAAAGUGAUGAGUUUCAGAUAAACAAACAAACAAACAAAACUAAACCAAUUCACACUCUCGGCUCCAAAAAUGGAGUCAAUAAUUUCUUUAUCAACAACGACGAAAACGAUCACUCUCUUCUCCAUUUCCAAAGCUCUCAAUCGCCACUUCUUCCUAACCGUUCCACCUAGUCGACCUCUUCUCACGCGCCGACUCUCUUCGGUUUGUACCAAAUCGCUGCCGUUUGUUUCGUCUUCAACUUCUCUGAGGCGGAGCUUAUGCGGCGUGCUUCCGCAGCGGACGCGGCUCCGUGUGGAGUGCCUGUCAAGCUCCGCGGCGUCGUUUGGGACCGCGGGUGGAAGUGGAAAUGUUGGCGGCGGUGACGGCGGCGGAGGAGGAGGAGGAGGAGAAUCGGAGGCUGGAGAUUCAAAGUCGGAAUUAGGUGGUGGAGGUGGUGAAGAGGUCUCGGCUGUGUCUUCUGAUGUGAUUAUACUUGAUGUUGGAGGAAUGACAUGCGGGGGAUGUGCGUCGAGUGUCAAGAGAAUACUAGAGAGUCAACCACAAGUGUCAUCUGCUAGUGUCAAUCUCACAACAGAGACGGCAAUAGUAUGGCCUGUAUCUGAAGCCAAGGUUGUACCAAACUGGAAAAAAGAGUUAGGAGAGGCUCUUGCAAAACAUUUGACCAGUUGUGGGUUUAUGUCUAACCUUCGCGAUUCUGGGAGUGAUAAUUUUUUCAGAGUAUUUGAAAGAAAGAUGAAUGAGAAGCAUAGUCGCUUGAAAGAAAGUGGCCGUGAGCUUGCUGUCUCCUGGGCUUUAUGUGCUGUCUGCCUUGUUGGCCAUCUCUCCCAUGUCUUAGGAGCUAAGGCUUCUUGGGUCCAUGCAUUUCAUUCCACAGGAUUCCAUCUGUCCUUGUGUUUGUUUACAUUGCUUGGUCCUGGACGUAAACUUAUUCUUGAUGGUGUGAAAAGCCUCUUUAAGGGGGCUCCAAACAUGAAUACAUUAGUUGGUCUUGGGGCUUUAUCCUCAUUUGCUGUUAGUUCACUGGCCGCCUUGAUUCCAAAAUUGGGUUGGAAGGCAUUCUUUGAGGAACCAAUUAUGUUGAUAGCAUUUGUCUUGUUGGGAAGGAAUCUUGAACAGAGAGCUAAGAUUAAAGCAACCAGUGAUAUGACAGGACUCCUUAGUAUAUUGCCUUCAAAAGCUCGUCUUCUGGUUGAUAAUGAUGUAAAAGAGUUGGGAUCAAUUGUUGAAGUUCCUUGUAACACUCUACAUGUUGGUGAUCAAAUUGUUGUACUUCCUGGGGAUCGUGUUCCAGCAGAUGGAAUAGUCAGAGCUGGUAGAAGCAUCAUUGAUGAGUCAAGUUUUACUGGGGAGCCAUUGCCUGUGACUAAAUUACCAGGGAGUCAAGUUGCCGCUGGAAGUAUAAACCUUAAUGGAACCCUUACAGUUGAAGUGCGGAGAUCAGGUGGUGAGACUGCAAUGGGAGAUAUUGUUCGUUUGGUGGAAGAAGCUCAGAGUCAGGAAGCUCCUGUACAGCAGUUGGCUGACAAGGUGUCUGGGCACUUCACUUAUGGAGUAAUGGCACUUUCAGCUGCAACAUUUAUGUUUUGGAACUUGUUUGGUGCACAUAUUCUGCCGGCUGCUAUUCAUCAUGGAAGUUCUGUUUCGUUGGCCCUACAACUUUCUUGUAGCGUUCUGGUAAUUGCUUGUCCAUGUGCCCUUGGCUUAGCCACACCUACAGCUAUGCUGGUUGGAACCUCAUUAGGGGCAAGAAGAGGAUUGCUUUUGCGUGGCGGAAAUAUUUUAGAGAAGUUUUCCAUGGUGAAUACGAUUGUGUUUGACAAAACAGGGACCCUUACAAUUGGUAGACCUGUAGUGACAAAGGUUGUCACUUCUGGAAGCCCAAAAAGUACUGAUCCCAGGAAAUAUUCUACUCAUACUUGGUCAGACAUUGAGGUUUUGAAGUUAGCUGCUGGCGUUGAAGCAAACACAGUUCAUCCAAUUGGUAAAGCAAUUGUUGAAGCUGCUCAGGCUGCUCACUGUCAAAAUCUAAAGGUGGUAGAUGGAACAUUUAGUGAAGAACCUGGGUCAGGCACAAUAGCUAUUAUUGAGAACAGAAAGGUGUCUGUUGGGACAAUAGACUGGGUUUGCAGGCAUGGAGUUGAUGUAAGUUCAUUUCAAGAAGUGGACAUGGAGGAUUUGAACAAUCAAUCUGUUGUAUACGUUGGAGUUGAUAAUACCCUUGCAGGUUGUAUUUAUGUUGAGGAUCAGAUCAGGGAGGAUGCAGAAUUUGUUGUCGAAUCUUUGUCUAGGCAAGGAAUUGGUGUAUACAUGCUAUCUGGAGACCAAAAAAGUGCUGCUGAAUAUGUUGCAUCUCUUGUUGGUAUUCCAAAAGAGAGGGUGCUGUCUGGAGCUAAACCAGCUGAGAAGAAGAGGUUCAUAAAUGAACUUCAGAAGGAUCAAAACAUUGUAGCCAUGGUUGGUGAUGGAAUCAAUGAUGCAGCAGCUUUGGCUUCAUCACAUAUUGGAGUUGCCAUGGGUGGGUGUGUUGGAGCUGCUAGUGAAGUGUCUUCUGUUGUAUUAAUGGGAAACAAACUAUCUCAGUUGCUUGACGCUUUGGAGCUGAGCAGGCUAACCAUGAAGACUGUGAAGCAAAACUUGUGGUGGGCCUUUGCAUAUAACAUUGUUGGAAUUCCAAUUGCUGCUGGAAUGUUACUUCCAGUAACCGGGACCAUACUGACUCCAUCAAUUGCUGGAGCCCUUAUGGGUUUGAGUUCCAUCGGCGUGAUGGCAAAUUCCCUUCUUCUGAGAUUUAUAUUCUCCUCAAAACAGAAACAAAUUUCUGGAGCCGCCCCUCACAUCAAAAUUAACGUGGAUUAUGAUCAACUUUUGGACUCGAAAGAGAAAAUGAAGUACCCUAUUUCUGAUGGUAAAUGGAGACAGAAACGAUAAUCGCACAAGAGAUGAGAUCAACCUUUCUUAUUUGGUUGGUAGAGUCUAACCUCAGUUUCAUUUGCAAUACUUCAAAGGAUGAGUAGCAUGGUGCUUUUGUGCAUACAUUUAUUGUCCUCUACAAAAGAGGUUUAAGUGUUGCAUUUUUCUCGAAGUAUA